AUCUGCAAAUAUUUUCGUCGGGCGUAGAUUAUAUAGAGGUGCUGGUACUCUGCUGGUUGUCGAAAGAUAGUAGCGUGUGGCGUUCUCUGAUCAAAUAAAUUGUUUUCGUGGAUUUGAUGGACGUAUGGUGUCAAUUAACGACGAUAUAGAUUUUUAUCGUGAAAGUGUGCCAUUAACGAUCGAAACAUUAUCGUUGCUUACUCGACCUUUCAUUAUUCCGGUCUAGCAGGAAAUAUGAUAAUUGCCCCUAUAGUUGAUUAGCUGCUGGUGUUGAUAAUAACAUGGUGCUAAUAUAUGAUAAGCCCGUGCCGUGUACGUCUACACACCACUCAGAGCUAAUACCAUCGAGACAAUUCUUCGACAGUCUUCGGUCGGUGUUUAAUAGCGAAACAAUCCAUAAGGUCACAGAUGUUUCAUAAAAUAACCAGAAAUAUUUCCUACGAUAAUUUCAACGUUUGUUAUUUAUCCUAAAGUGUGCGUAUAACACGACAAGAUGUUUGAAAUCUUUUAUCUGGGAUUGUAUUUAUUAUUUUUCGGCAAUUGCAUUGGCGAUUAUUCGGAUUGGGACACAAAAUGGCAAAUGCUGUGCCCCGAUUUGUAUCCCAGAGUUUUUACGAGCUAUACACCUCGUGGAAAUCUUUCCAGCGGAGUAUAUCUUAGCCAGCCUUCGACCGGCAUGCAACAUUGCGUCGCUACGUGUUGUACCAAGCCCACUUGUAACGUGGCGUUUAUGCAUAAUGAUACUUGUUAUCACGUACAAUGUGAAACUUCACAAAAAUGUGUACCUUUGUAUAGAGCAGAUUUAGCAAACGAAAGCCCACCAAGCAUGGUUCUAGUUAAACCUGUAGAAGAUUAUGAGGCAUGGAAUGAGUUGUUGGCUCAAAUAAAUGACGAUACUGGUACAUUAUUUACGGAUGCUAGAGAAAGAGAUGAUAUUCUUUUUGGUGGAACAAAUGGAUUGAGCUGCAUCACCCAGACAAAUUGUUUGGAAAACGAAUUGUGCAUUAAAAAUCAGGAUAAAUCUGAUAUUGGAGUUUGUCAAUGCUCUGUUGGAUUUAAACGUAAUAUUGGAGGAAUUUGUACAUUGGUGGAAGACAUAGAACUUGGUGUAACACCACAAAUAAAGGCACAGAUUUCAAAAGAUUCCAGUACAUCUAUAAAACCACCUGUGAAACAGCUGUUAGUUUCUGUAGUUUCAAAGGAAGUACGCUUACCAGAGAACGAAGUAACAUUGUCUGCUUACACUGUACCUGCAGAGCAGGAAAAUGAACAUUACAAUUAUGCCUGGAGCCUUCUAGGCCAACCAAAAAACCACACUGGCAUAAUGACUGAUCAGAAUCGCAUGACUGUUAAAUUAAGUAAUCUAUCAAAGGGCUUAUAUACAUUUAAAGUGACUGUGAACAAUCCAAAUGCUUAUGGUGAAGCAUACGCAAAUGUCAUCGUCUUGCCGCCCAAAAGAAUAAAUCAAGCGCCAAUUGCCGUAAUUUCCCCUGCUUCGCAAGUUGUGAAACUACCAAAUACCGGAGCUGUGUUAGACGGUUCGUCGAGCAAAGACGAUGAUCGAGUCAUUUCUUAUCACUGGGAAUUGCAACAAGGUCCCAUUGGAUAUCAACCUAAUCUAGUCGAUACACCCACGUUACAGUUAGAUAAUCUUAUUCCUGGCAAUUAUACUUUUAAGUUGACCGUCGAAGAUUCCGAUCACAUUACAAACUCUACAAGCGCAAAUAUAACGGUUUUGAAAGUAACCAAUUAUCCGCCAAGUGCAAAUGCGGGGCAGGAUAUUAUUAUAUAUUUACCUCAGAAUACACUAACUCUCAAUGGUAGUUUGAGCUCAGACGAUCACGGUAUAGCAAGCUGGGAGUGGACUAAAAGUCCCUCUGAUCAGAACAAAGCAGUGGAUAUGCAAAAUACACGAACGCCGUAUUUACAACUGUCUAAUUUGGAAGAGGGAAUGUAUACGUUUGUGCUAAAAGUAACAGACGACUCUCAACAGUCUUCUACAGCCGAGGUUCACGUGUUCGUGAAACCACCUACAAAUAAACCGCCAACAGCCGAUGCAGGUGAAGAUAUAACCAUAGCGCUACCAGAAACAAGAACAGUACUCGAUGGCCAAAAAAGCAAAGACGAUAUUAAAAUCGUAUCUUUCCAUUGGGAGCAAGUGAGUGGUCCCAGUAGUGCCGAAUUCUCUGCAGUCAAUGAAUCAAUUACCAAUGUUACAAAAUUGACAAAGGGUGACUAUGAGUUCAAACUGACUGUGAUCGAUGAUAAUGGGAACAAAGACUCCGACACCGUGAAACUAAAAGUUACACAAAAUAAAAAUGCUCCUCCUAAAGCGAACGCGGGUGGUGACCAGGUCGUCGUAGAACCCGUCAGUGUACUGAUUAUUAAUGGAUCUCAGUCAACCGACGACUUAAAAAUUAGCGAUUGGACGUGGACAAGAGAUUCAUCUAGUCUUGCAAUAGGUACUAUAGUUCAGAAUACGGACAAAUCACCGAUUUUAAUGUUGACCGAUAUCAUUCCGGGUAGAUACUUGUUUAGAUUGAAAGUAACAGACGACCAAGGACUCAGUAGCGAGGAUACUGUGUCUGUGAUAGUGAAGUCUGAUCCACAAUUAAUGCAUCUGGUUGAACUGAUAUUGAAUAUUGGCGCGAACAUGUUGACUGUAUCGCAAAAGAAUUCAUUAGUGUUAAAACUACAAAUGUUACUACGAGACGAAGCUUCGAUCGUCGUUCGAAAUUUAAGAGUAGAACCGCACACGGGUAGAGCAGUGUUAAUUUUCUAUGUAGAGAAGAAAGGGGGUAAGACGACUAUGCCUGGACCGGAGGUAGUCAAACGAUUGAAACAGAAACUUAGACAGGAUUCGGGACUUCUUCAAUUAUCCGUAGCAAACAUCGACACUGCCGUGUGUCAAAAUGACUGUUCGGGCCAUGGAGUAUGCGAUCAGGAAACAAGAUUAUGCAUGUGCGAGGCAUUUUGGAUGCAAAAUUUAAUACAGAAGUAUUUCGGCAAUGGCGAUUCCAAUUGCGACUGGAGCAUUCUCUACGUGAUAAUAGCAUUGUUAUCUCUGGUCGUGUGCUGGGUAGGCCUUAUUUGGGGUCUUGUUUGUCUAUGCCAAAGAAUGUGCGCAGGAAAACGACGCUCGCUUCGGGCUAAAAAGAAACCACCACAUUACUCUCUAUUGCAACCAGAACCAGAAGAUGACAGUAACACAUUUUCAACGCAUAAAAUGGUACUGUCCGAAUCGACCACGGAUUCCGACGACGUCUUGUUCGAGCAUCGUAAGGUGAAAAAUAGCAAUCAAGCUAGAAACGGUAAAUCUCGAAAUGGUUUUAUUAAAGUGGGCUCUAGAGUGAAAACAUGAGGUAACAGAUAAAAGCGUUAGCAUCUAAUUGGAACGUGCGUUAAGUAAGUUGUAAUUUAAUUGCACGUUCGAGGGAUGUACAUGUAGAACGUAAGAUCUCGUUAAGCGACGCACACUUGUGAACGUUUGGCCAAAAUGUAAAAGUACUAGUCACUUACAGGGCUGUAAUUUUAAGUACGUACCUAACGCGAAUAAUAUGAUUUAAUGAUCCAUACGAUGAACAAAAAGAAUUUGAACGAAAUAGAUGUACUUAAGUACCGAUUAGAGAGAUACGAGCACACGCUCGCUUCAUUGCAUCUUAUUUAACUUAUCCAUGGUUAAUAUGUCAUGUAUCUACUUGAAUUGUGUACUUGAAUUUGAGGCUUUUAUUAUGUAAACAUGUAGAUGCACCAUUGUUUGUACACACACACACAGACGAUAACAUAGCACAAUGAUGGAACUUGGUUGAUCACGGCCUUAGAAAGUAUUGGA